AUGGAGAAGGUUAUCUCGCAAUUCAAGCCAAAUGACUCGCUCCAUGUCCCUGCGGAUGGAUUCAUCUACGCUGUGAUGAUGGAUUGCGGACUAAGCAAGCACGAGCUCCCAUUCAGCAACCACGUUGAUCUCCACUCAUUCAACAGGGAAACUGAGCAGAAGCGCGUGUCCAGGAGCGUGCGCGAUGUGAUUCUGGCCUAUGCGAUACCAUCACUCUAUUCACAAGUGUCGAACAACGUGAAAACAACAGCAGAUGCAUUGAGAGCGCUGGAUGGGGGCAAUUACACUACCGCUAUUGGUCUUGUCAACUCGCCUGGAUUCUUGCACACGCAGAUAUCACUCACAAAGCACUCGGAUAAGCUCAUGUCUGUUCUGCAUACACAGCCAGCGACAGACACUCAGCUUACACGCUCAUCACGCGUAAUUGCCUUUGUUAGAACUAGCAAAGACGCGCAAUCCAUUCUGUCAAAUGCUGCUUCCCAAAGAACAUACGUAAAUGCUCUAGCUACAAAAAGCGUAUCUGCGGCUAUCAAUUACAUAAAUGUCCUGUCUUCUGACACCAGUAGUGUCAACUCUCUCAGUAGAAGGACGCUGCUCGAGGAGGUGCUUUCUGUCUCACUACUCCCUCACCCAGUCGCUAGAUUGGUCGAUCAGCUUUCAAAGCUCAGCCUCAGCGAUAGUGAUGUGGACGUUAUACGCUCAUUUGCUGCUGGAACUUCUCUCCUUACCUCACCCAACGUCUCCCCAUCCAGUAUCGCAGCCGCCCACGAUCUCCUCCUCGUCAGAUACAUACAGGCCGGCCAGAUACCCGACGCUAUCAAACUCAAUAAGGGCGCGCUCAGUGUGGUGCUCUCGCAUGGCAUAGGUAGCGUAAAGCGUGGCCAGCUGAUAGCCGAAGCGUGGAGCGUCCUCCCGCGCGUGCAGAAGGAUUUGGUAGAGAGGGAGAUAGGAGGUGUUGACGAGGUGGAAGGGGCGAGUGAGGAAAAGAAGACAGAAGAUGAGCGGGUUCGCGAUCAUGAGAAUGGGCAUGAUGACGAAGAUAUCAUGGUAGAGCAGGAAGCUGUCGAAAAAAGUGACACUAAACAAAUCGGCUCCUGGAUCGACCUCAGAUUGGAGCAGGAGAACAAAGCACCAGGCACCCCAUUUGCACCGCUACAGAGAAAGGCUGCGGCUCCUGCGCCCCUCCCACUCCCACAGAGCCCGCUGUCGGGACCACCCAAAUUCUCCACGCCAACAGCACCAGCAUCAACACCGCUGCGAAAUGUUCAGUCUAAGCACAAGGUCGCUGAGUCGCCAUUCGCACAGCUCCUUGGCAAGUCCAUAGCCAAGGAGAAGGAGAGAAAGGAGAAGGAUAUUGGUGAGCGAGGUGAGGUUCUUAACAGGAGUGCAUUCGAAAUACCUAGCGUUACCGAGAUCGCUGAGAGGAGUCUUUCGACGCCCGCUAAACACUCCCCGCUGACCACGAGCGCUAGCAAGGGUGCUAGCAGGAGUGCACAGCGCAUUCGUACACCCGAAAUUGGCAACGAGAGCAAAGACAAGAUUACAGAUUUACCGGAUGUGAAUGCACUGCAGAGUGUACGCAAGACGCGCAGUGUGAUGCCGACUCCGAAGAAGGAGAGGGAGAUGGACAUGGAGCAGGACGACGACGAUGUAGAUGUGCCGGGGUCAUAUCCGUACACCCCCCAGCCUGUCAAACAACAGCCUCGUCGCAAUCUCCGUUCAACGACUCUCAGAUCGUCUAAUCGCCGCAGCAGCCUGAAGCGCAACUCGGAUGAUGUGCAGAUGGACGAGAGUGAUGACGAUGAUAUCGCUUUGCCUGGUAGUUAUGUGCCUACGCCUCAACCGGCACGUGGUCGCGGUAGGACUAGUACCGGUGCACCUAAACGCACAACUAGACGUACAAGUAAUUUGGGAGGCGACAGUGCUGGUGCAAGUGGAAACUCUACUGCCAAUUCCAAUGCCAAUGCCACAGCUGCACCUUCCAAACGCCAAACAAGAUCAUCUAGCAGAUUGAACAACUAA